AUGGACGUCAAGACAAUAUCAAGAGAGUUUAUCAAACCUUCUUCUCCAACACCAAAUCACCUCAGAACCUACAAAAUUUCUCUCCUUGAUCAAUUCGCACCUCCUGUGUUCUUCCCCUACCUUGUCUUUCAUCAAGCAAAGCAAGCUGCCUCUGUCACCCAAACAUCACAACUGUUGAAAAAUUCUCUUUCAAAGACACUAUCUUUUUAUUUCCCUCUCGCCGGAAGGGCAAUCGACAAUCUUUCAAUCGAUUGCAACGACGAGGGUGCUUGUUAUAUCAACGCUAGAGUUAAUUGCAGUUUAUGGGAUUAUCUCAAGCAACCCGUUAUCUCCGAUCUCCUUAAAUUUUUGCCGGAUGUUGUUUAUAGUGAAGUGAAACCAGGAGGCCCUGUUGCUGUGAUUCAAGAAACCGUCUUUUCCUGUGGAGGUAUUGCCAUAGUCCUUGUUGUCCCACACACGAUCUUUGAUGCCGCUUGUCUGAUUAUAUUUAUGAGAACUUGGGCUGCUAUUGCUCGAGGCUCUAAUGGUGACGAGAGAGUUCCAUCCCCCAAUUUUACUGCCUCGUCCAUCUUUCCCCAAACUAGUUCUUUCCCACAAGAAGUAACUGCUGCAGCCCUGGCAAGUGCCCUUGAUAAGAAGAAUGCCGAUGUUGUUGUAAGGAGGUUUGUAUUCGAUGGAUCAGUCGUAGCCGAUCUUAAGGCCAAAGCGAUGAGGUCCGGCGUGCAGAACCCGACGCGGGCGGAGGUCGUGUUUGCCUUCCUCCUCAAAUGCCUCAUGUCUGCAUUGAAGGCAAAAUCAGGUGGUCAUCAGAAGGCAAUGUUGGUAACCCAGGCGGUGAAUAUGCGGCGGAAGGCUGUGCCGGCCUUCUCGGAAACUAGUGUGGGGAAUUUUAUAUGGGUGGCGGCUAUGCUCUGUCAAGUUGAGGAAACAGAGUGGUCCAGUUACGUGCGGCAGAUGAGGGAAGCCAUGUCUCCUGUCAAUGGUGAGCUACUGAAGAGACUCCAAGGCGAUGGAGGGUUGGAGACGCUGUCUAAGGCUACGAAGGAGCUUGGCGAAUCAUUGUCCAAGGCUUUAUCAAAUGGAGCGGAACAAAUUGGGUUCAAUAGCUUCUGCAACAUAGGCGUCUACGAUGCUGAUUUUGGAUGGGGGAAGCCUAUCUGGAUUCCAUCUUUUAUCUGGGCUGUCACGCGUCCUUUCUUCUCCAUCCACUUCUUGGACACAAAACAUGGUAGUGGAAUAGAAGCAUGGUUGGGAUUGGAUGAACAAUUCAUGAAUCUGUUAGAACAGGAUAGAGAACUUCUUUCUUUAGCCUCAUUAGAUCCAAGUCCUCUAGAAAUUGGUUUAUUAAGGUCAAAUCUUUGA